UUACUUGUCGGUUCUCGGGACUGACAACAAGUCAUAUUGGAGUCCAAAAAGGAAGCUAAAAUUUCAUAGGACGGACCUUUGCGGCCGCAGUACGCUUGUACUGUACGACUUGGAACCGACCACUGACCAUGAGUUCGGACAUGAUUUCACCCUCUGAGGUGCCGAUUCCCAAUGUGGAAGACGAGGCGUUUGAGCCACCAACGUAUGAUGAAGCUUUCCCGGCCCUGGCCGGGGACUCCGUGAAAGAACCACCUCGCAUGGAACAUGGCCCAUGGAAUACUAAAUUUGCUGUCCCUUCAACCAAGUGCACACAGGUUUUCACUGUUCCCUUGGAAGAGAGGCGGUUCAAAGAAGUAGAUGACCAUGCAUUUGGAGAGGAAGGCGAUCAAGCUAAAAUCUGCAAAGAUAUCAUGCAAAAGACAGGAGUGUCCAUCGAAAUGAGCUUGGCCCGUGAUCAAAGUCUGACGGUUGUGAUUCAUGGAAAGAGUGACGCAGUUAUGAAGGCUAAGCGCAUGCUUGUCAACCAAUUACAGACACAGGCCAACAUGACAAUCCGUAUUCCACGAGAACAUCAUAGAUUUAUUCUGGGAAAGAGUGGAAAAAAACUACAGGACCUUGAAAUGAUGACAUCAACGAAAAUUACAAUACCAAGAGCAGAAGAAAACAGCGAAACAAUACGUAUUAUGGGAACGAAAGAAGGCAUCGACAAAAGCACGAUGGAACUUCAGUGCAUUUCAGAUGAACAGGCUAAGCUGGCAUUUGAGCGCAUCCCGGUGCCAAAAGUUUUACACCCAUUCGUGUGUGGACCUAACAACAGUAUCAUUAAGCAACUUAUGGAAGAGACAGGUGCGAAGAUCAACGUUCCUCCUCCAAGUGUGAUGAAGGAUGAGAUUGUUGUGUCUGGGGAAAAAGAAGGCGUAAUGAGUUGUAAAGAUACUAUCAUGAAAAUCAGUGAGGAAAAGAAAAAGAAAUGCCAGACAGUUUCUGUAGAGGUUCGUAAAUCUCAGCACAAGUACGUCAUUGGACCUCGGGGGACCAAUAUCCAGGAAAUACUUGGUGCCACGGGCGUUUCGGUAGAAGUGCCUCCGCUGGACAGUAACUCGGAGACAAUCACACUGCGUGGGGAGCAGGACAAGCUGGGACCUGCACUCACACUGGUCUACUCCAAGGCCAACAGUGUUAUUUUCACAGAGGUGGCAGCUCCUGCCUGGCUCCACCGCUUCAUUAUUGGUAAAAAGGGUGCCAAUGUGCGCAAGAUCAUGGCUGAUUUCACCAAGGUACACACAGAGUUUAAGGAGGAUCAGGACAAGAUUUUGGUGGAAGGUCCGCCUGAAGAAGUGGAGGCAGCGGUCAAGGCACUGGAGGCUGUUGUCAAGGAUGUGCAAAGUCGAAUGGAUUUUGCAGAGAUUGAAAUUGAUAUGAAAUUCCACAAACAUAUCAUAGGAAAAAGUGGGGCCAUGGUGAUGAUGCGAAUUAAGAAUGAAACUGGCGUGGCCAUCCGUAUCCCUGCUGAUGGCGAAAACAGUAACAUCAUCCGUAUUGAGGGUAAUCCUGAGGGAGUACAGAAAGCUAAACAAGAACUGCAGGAGAUGGCCACUAGAAUGGAAAAUGAGAAAUCUCGUGACAUCAUCAUCGACCAGCGUUUUCAUCGCACCAUCAUCGGAGCCAAAGGAGAGAAAAUUAAGGAAAUUCGAGACAAAUUUAAUCAAGUCCAGAUCACAUUCCCAGACCCUGGCAAGAAAAGUGGUGUCACCUUAAGAGGAAUGAAAACAGAGGUGGACAAGUGUUACAAAUACCUUACCCAGUUAAACAGGAGCUGGUGAAUUGCCAACAACUACCAGGCCUCAGUCCAAAUAUUCAAGCAGUUCCAUAAAAACAUCAUUGGUAAAGGGGGAGCCAAUAUUAAGAAGAUACGGGAUGAAACUGAAACUAGAAUAGAUCUGCCAAAUGAGAACAGUGAUUCUGAUCUGAUUCUUGUAACGGGCAAGAAGGCCAAUGUGGAGAAAGCCAAGGCUAGGAUAGAGGCUAUCCAAGUGGAAUUGGGAAAUAUUAAGGAGAUCAGUGUAGAGAUUCCACACAAGCUACAUAACUCCCUGAUUGGUGCUAAGGGGCGCCUCAUUCGUGCUAUCAUGGAGGAGUGUGGGGGUGUGAAUGUGCGCUUCCCACCGGAGGGCUCCAAAAGCGACAAAGUGACAAUCCGGGGGCCAAAGGAUGAUGUGGAGAAUGCCAGGAAACAGCUCAUGGACCUGGCCAGUGAGAAGCAAUUGUCAGGAUUUACACAAGAAGUCAAGGCCAAACCUGAAUACCACAAAUUUCUGAUUGGAAGAGGAGGAGCCAAUAUCAGAAAAGUACGUGAGAAGACCGGUGCCAGAGUUAUCUUUCCCUCCGACGGUGAUGCUGACCAGGAAACCAUUACGAUCAUUGGCAAGAAAGAAUCUGUGGAAGAGGCUAAGAUUGAAAUUGAGUCUCUAAUCAAAGACUUGGAUAAGAUAGUAGAGGCCACUAUCAGCGUAGAUCCCAAAUAUCACCGUCACUUUGUGGCACGGCGUGGUGAAGUUUUGAGGAAUAUUGGUGAUGAUUACGGUGGUGUGACAGUGUCAUUCCCCCGCAGCGGAGUUAAGAGUGACCAGGUGAAGCUGAAGGGAUCGAAGGACUGUGUGGAGGGGGCCAAGAAACGCAUCCUCGAGAUUGUUGAUGAUCUGGAAUCCCAGGUUACCAUUGAAUGUGUAAUCCCACAAAAGUUCCACAGGACUGUGAUGGGGGCCAAGGGGGUCAAAGUUCAAGAGGUCACCAAAGUUCAUGAUGUGGGCAUUAAGUUCCCAGACAGGCCUUCUAGCAAUAAUGCAGAGAAAACUGCAGAGAAUGGGGACGAAGUUGUGGUGAAUGGUGAGGCAGAGACUGCAGCAGAUGGGGACAAACCAAACAAGGCAGACAUCAUUAUCAUCACAGGCAAACCAGAGAACUGUGAGGCUGCUAAAGCAGCAUUGUUGGAUCUGGUGCCCAUCACUCAGGAAGUGACUGUACCCAAUGAAUUCCAUCGCUUCAUCAUCGGGACAAAGGGCCGGGACAUUCGGCGUAUGAUGGAGGAGUAUGAUGUGAGCAUCUCUAUCCCUCCCCUGGACUUGGAUAGUGAUGUAAUCACAGUGCAGGGGGCACCUGCCAAUGUGGCACGGGCCAAGGUCGGGCUGGAGGAGAAGGUGGAGCAGCUGGAACUAGAGAAAGAAGAAAAGGUUUUGAGGAGUUUCCAACUGACAGUAGAAGUGGAUCCUGUUCAUCAUCCAAAGAUCAUUGGUCGAAAGGGAGCAGUGAUCAGUAAGAUCCGCACAGAUCACGAUGUCAACAUCCAGUUCCCAGAUAAGUCCUCGCCCAGUCAGAACAUAAUAACCAUCACAGGCUUUGAGAAGAAUACAGAAUCUGCCAGAGAUGAAAUUCUCAAGAUUGUCCAAGAACUGGAGGACAUGACCGAGAUAGAAGUACGUAUUGACAGCCGUGUGCAUUCCCGCAUCAUAGGCACUCGGGGAAGGGCAGUCAGAAAACUGAUGGAGGACUACAAGGUGGACAUCCGCUUCCCACGGGCCAACCAGGAUGAUCCAGAUAUCGUGACCAUCAUGGGAGAGGAAGACAAUGUCUACGACUGUAAAGAUCACCUUCUGAAUCUGGAGGAAGAAUAUCUCCAGGAUGUGACAGACCAGGAGUACCUGCAACAACUGCAGAGGCCGCCUAGCAAGCGCGAGUCUGGCGAAACUGACGCAGGCAAUGUUCAGAGAGGAUUUGUUGUGAAGGGAGCACCUUGGGAUCGCGCUCCUGACACAUCAAGCACAGAAGAGUUUCCGUCUUUUGGAGCAGCAGUCGCACCCAGACCUACCCAGGCAUGGGGACCAUUCAAUCGGCGUAAAUAAGAGGCACUUCACUCUAUUCUAGGCAGUACUGAUAUACAUGGGUCAUUAGAUGAUUAGUCAUAGCUUAUUUCUUGUACCCAGGGUUAUUUUGACAGAUUCAGGCACAAUUGUCUGUCGUCACUGCCUGUCUAGUUUUGAAUGCUGGCACAACGUUGCGUUUUAGUAGAUUUCGUUCAUGCUGAUUUGGUUGUAACUUUACGUAAAUGUAUGCUGUUCUAGUUUUCAGUGUUUACAAUUACUUAAUUGCAAUAUGAAAGAAAAAGAUUGAGUGCUGAUACUGCCUGAGGCUGUUUGUUAUUGUUCACAUUUGUCCUUAUAAUUUGUCCAUUUUAAAUUUUGUGAAUGAAAAGCUUUCUGGCCUCUACAAAGUUGUUUGAAGGCAACAGUGUAAAUAUUGGGCAUUUUGUUGGUGGUGUUUGUACAAAACCUGCAAGGACUUCUGAUAAUACAUCUCACCACGACCUUCUUUCUCACGACACUGGAUUCACACAGCUAAUAACAAGGUAUCCAGUUUCAAGUUCAUUAUGUUGUAUUGAUGUUAUAUUGAUAACCUGACAUCGAUUGGGCUUCUUGAAGUGGACCUUGUCAUUGGUUUAGUCUGGAAUUGUGUUCAUAUCACUAGUCAACCUAGCCAUAUGACUUCGCACAGGGCAAAGGUCAUCGGGCAUGUCUGAUAAUGUCAGGUUUCGACCAUUGUGUGUGGUUAAAAGUUCAGUAUUUCACAGCUGUGAAUGUGAUUUAUCAAUUACUUUAGCAUAAGUGACUGGUUAAUAUUAGGUCGUUGUUGUGUUCAAGGAUUUAUGGUUUUGUCAUGUCAGUUCUAACAUCUUGAUAUGUUAAUAAUUUUGUGGAAAAAAUGACAAACACAAAUAGCUGUGAAGUGAACCUGAUUUGUACAGUUCAUUAAAACCAUGUUAUAUUUAUAACUGUUUUGACAGAUGUGUGCUAGUGUUGAAAGGGCUGACGUCAACGAAAUAAAUGUUUUAUAAUAUCACAUAAGUAAAUACUAGUGGAAUUACGCUGCUGUUUUCUACACCUGUUGUCAGACUGAGGAACUGGUCAAAUUCGAGAGCUAAUACUGUACAGCAAUGUGACACUAAACACUCCACAGCACUGAGCGGGGCAUUCCACAUGAUGUGGACAAAGGCAGGUUAAAAAAUGCGUUUCUGUUUAGGGUGUUGAAAUUGUUGACAAAUUGCAUUGAAUGAACAUUCGAGGCGUAAAAUGAAAUUUAUGCAAGCGCGUACAAGGUGCAUGAAUCAUAGAUGAUCAUUUUGUUCUCUGGCUCAUUUAUUUGAUGGUUCAUUCCUAUACAUCCCUAAAUUUGUCAGAAAACAUCUAAAAAAAAAGUCACCAAAAAAAUCAUGAUUUUUAUUUUGCCAUCUUUUUUGUGUGUGUGGGCGUUUGUGACAUUGUCACUAAAGUAACCAUGGGUUCCGUGUAGGUUGGCAUUUUUGACAGUGCACCACAAAUGUUUUGUUCUUGAUAUUUUCAUGCAAUUGGGUGAUGGUGACCUGAUGUUCCUGUAUUAUAUACUUAUAUAACUCUAUAGAAAUAUAUCUAUAUACACAUAUGUAUGGAUGCAUCAUCAGCCAUUAUCUCGCAGCCAACCAAAGCAGGCCUGAGAAAUAUACACUGAUGUUGCUGUAUUUGUUGAAAAAUUAUAAUUUUUUGAGGAGACAGUAACUACAUGAACUUUGGCGUUAAGUAUUGUAAUCUGAUGUAUUCAGACUACGAGGAGAAUAAAGUGAUGAAAUAUAACC